UCGAUCCAUUUUAUCACCAAAAAUUAUGGGCGUCAUCUCAUACUCAGUACCCGCAUAUUAUUAUUCACUGAUAACUCCAUUAAAGGGCUCUCUAACGCAGGCUAAUCGCACGAGGCGGACCGCGGUACACCUCAUACAUCUUGGAAAUUUCUUUUCUCAUAAAAAGGUAUAAAAGCUUCAGCCGUACUCACAGAACAGGAUGUAUUCCAACUCGUAUCAAAACAUUGGGCCUCUCCAUAACUCACUUUACUUGUUCUCGAACCUUUAAUAUACCAAUAGAAACACUACACUUCACCUACCUACCACUACAGAGACACAUCACAAGCACACAUACAAAAUGCUGGAACCAGUAGAGGCUGAAUUUGCCCAACCCCCUAUCUACACCGACGCUCAAGAAGAAGUCCUUCGUGAUGAAGAUGUGGAGGAAUCCGAUGUGAUCACAAUUGUUGCAAGUCGUGAAUCAAGGCCCGCCACUCGAACCAAUACUCGUACGGACUCAGCCCAUUCCCAUUCCGCUAGUACCCUGGCCGGAGAGCCAUCAUCACAUGGCUCCAAAGAGGCUGUCCUUAAGUCUGCAGGGGAUGCGGAGAAGCUUGGUGAUGGGCGGAUGACUGUGCACUUUGACCCGGGAGAAGAUCCCAAGGAAUGGACCAAGACCCGAAAAUGGUAUGCCACCAUUACUGCCUCUAUUCUUUGUCUUGUCGUCGCCCUUGGCAGUGCCAUGCCAACUGGUGACCUUCCUGGUGCUGCCGAAACUCUUCACGUCUCCGACGAAGCCAUCUACCUUUCUAUCACUCUUUUCGUCGCCGGUUUCGGCAUUGGUCCUCUUAUCUUCGCUCCUUUGAGUGAAGUUAUCGGUCGACGACCUAUCUAUGCCGUCAGCAUGAUCUUCUACUUCCUUUUCACUCUCCCUUCUUGUCUUGCCAAGAACAUUGCUACCAUGCUUGCUGGUCGUAUGAUUGCUGGUCUUGCUUCAUCCGCACCAUUUACCAAUGUAGGCGGUACCAUUGCCGACGUUUGGGACACAAAGGAUCGUGGUCUCCCUAUGGCCAUGUUCAGUUCUACUCUCUUUAUGGGGCCUUGUCUCGGUCCACUGUUUGGAGGCUGGAUCGCCGAAAAAACCCACACUUGGCGUUGGAUAUACUGGGUUCUCUUCAUCUUCGUUGGCGCCGCUAUGGUCCUCUGUAUCUUCACUCCCGAGACUCUCGCUCCCCUCCUUCUUCGAAAGAAAGCCAACAAGCUCAACAAGAAAUACCAGACUCAACUUUACGUCUCUGAACAUGACCUUAACCGUCUCCCCUUCUCGGAGACCCUCAAGAACGCCAUGGUUAGGCCCAUUAUCCUCAUGUUUUGCGAGCCCAUCAUCAUUCUUUUCACCUUUUACCUCUCCUUCGUCUACGCCCUUCUCUACGCCACCUUCUUUGCCUUCCCCAUUGCUUUUGAGGAGAUUCGAGGUUGGUCUAUGGGUAUGACCGGUGUCACUUUCAUCUCUAUUAUUAUCGGUAUUGCCAUCGCCAACUGUUUGAUGCCCGUCCAAGAGCGUCUCUACAGGCAGCACAGUGAAAAGUACGGCCCAGCUCCUGAAGCUCGUCUCUACCCUAUGAUGCUCGGCGCCCUACUUCUUCCAGUGGCUUUGUUCAUCCUUGCCUUCACUUCUUAUCCUGGUAUCAUUUGGGUGGGCCCUUGCAUUUCUGGUAUCCUCUUCGGUUUUUCCAUGGUCAUCAUCUAUAUUUCUGGUAACUCUUACGUCGUUGACUCUUAUGCGAAUGUCGCCGCUUCGGCUAUUUCAGCCAAGAACAUGACUCGUUCCCUCAUCGGUGCUUCUGUCCCUCUUUGGAUCACCCAGCUCUUCCAUAACCUUGGUUUCCAGUACGGUGGUCUUCUUCUUGCUCUUGUUUCUGUGGUCAUCAUGCCCAUUCCUUUCUACUUCUAUUAUAAGGGUGCCGCUGUAAGGAAGAGGUCCAAAAGGACUGUUCAAUAAGUGUACGAUCUUUAUACGGACCUACGUUUAGAAUAAUAGAGUUUUCAUUUUUACCAUUUUAUCUUGGAGGUAACAUUAUAAGGCAAUAUAAUACAAGUACAUGCAUCUGUGUAG